CUCGAGGACUUCGUGCUCACGAUCAUUUCCAAUCAUGAACUACCUCUUGUGAACUCACAGCGGAGUUAUCAGAAAAAUGGAAACUUCCAGGGCCCCCUUGAAGAAACGGCAAAAGAAAAGCGCUAGCUGCAAGAAAUCCAAGGAUAUACCCACGAAGGAUUCGAUGACAUCCGCUUCAAAUACGAGCAAGAAGUCACGACACUCCAGUUCUUCCUCCAAAAGGACCAAUAGCAUCAAAGAGCAAGAGAAGCCGAGUCAAGUGAAGGAACGCCUUGCACCGGACAUCGACUCCUUGAACUUCGGCAAGACUCUGCAGUACAGCGAAUACUUCGAUGACACCGUGCCGAAAAAGGAUAAGGCGCUGAGUAAGAGGACCUCUACCACAGGACACCUUUCGCGCACCGCGGCCUCUAAUGGCCAGAAGUCAGCCUAUAGGUCAUACCAAUCUAGGAUUGAGGAACCUGCGUUGUCACCCCGUCAGGAAUUUUUGACAAAGGAGAUUGAAAGAUUGCACGAAGAGCAGAAGUUGCAAAUGGAGGAAGACCAGGGUGUGGCAUCAGCAAAAAGAGCCAAGACUGGUGAAAAGGGCGCAACAAGAACAUCAGAUGGCAUGGAAGAUAAACCGAAAGAAGACUCCAGGAGUCCCGAGCAUUCGAAGACUGUCCUUCCGAGCUAUACGACCUUUUCAAGAGUGUUCAGAAAGUUUGGAUUCAAAGAUACGGUAAAAUCUGAAUUGGACACCCAUCAGGAGAAUAUACUUUCUUUGACGACUUUACUGACCUGCUUCGCCAUCCUGUCAGUCAUCGUCAUAGUAAUCGUCCUUUUCGUCAUCAAUGCACUCUUCAGGGAUGAAGAUAUCACCAUUGAGUGUAACUCCAAAGAAUGCAUUCGCUUACGCGACGAGAUGGUAGACCUCUUGAACCACAGCGUUCACCCUUGCGACGACUUCUACACUCACGUCUGCAGCCAUUGGAUUAACAACGGCGGCGGCUUUAUUGAGGACGCGGUAGCAAAGUUCAGAAAAGCCAUAUUUAACUUCCCUUCUCACUCCCAGCCAGAUCGCCACGGGAUGCACAUCAUGUCCCAUCUCUACCGGACUUGUACAGAAUUCGUCUCUGGGAAGGACGUUUCCUGGACUGACACAAUUUCAUAUGCGUACGGUUUCCUAAACCUAGCCGACAUUCUGAAUGCCGGGAACAUUGCGCAGCUUGUUAACCAGCUGGUCAACAUCUCGCUUAGGAAUGACAUACACACAACGUUCAUGUUCAAGUUUACAAAGAAAGGCGAACGCAUCUACUUGUUCCUGUCCGUGGGAAAAGUAAUCAGAACUAAGCUUCAGGACGUUGUCACUGAUGUCUUCCCGUCGGACGUGAAUUCGCCCCUAAACUUCGAUGACGUGAAGGCCUACGUAUCGGAGGUAGUGGACAUUCUCUGCACUUCACCAGACAAAAGAGGGACGUAUUGUGACCAAACCACCAAAGAUGUCCAAAGCGUGACUGACCUGGACCGAGUUUUCCAGUUUCUAGCCCCCGACGCAUACGAACCGGCGGAAUACAAAGCAUUCAGAGAUAUCAGCGUCGUCAGUAACACCUCCAACGUCGACGUCCUUGGCAUAAUAAACAACAUGAUUCCACCGCACCGGCACUUGACUAGAGAAAGCACCAUCAUCAUACGAGGGUCCACCCCGCUCGAGGCGGUACGCGACAACAUGAUGCAGUACGACUUGCGUGUAACAGCGCUAUACUAUACAGCCCACGUGCUGGCUGACAUACUGCAGUACACCCAAGUCCAGAGGUAUGUCCGCGUACCAUAUGCCACGUCCAUGGUUUGCGCGAGAGUGACGCAGCAUGCACUUGUUCACACCUGGCCUUACCUCGUGGCUCGUCAAGCAGACUAUGGAAGUCCGACGAGUUCCCAAAAACUGAUUGAAAGCAUGGUGAACUUGACAAUCUCUGGCGACAUACUUUUAUGGCUGGAGAACUAUAGCCGCGACGAGAUCGCGAGAGGAUUGAAGAAGCUUCGCUUCCAGAUGUAUGACACUUCCGUGCUUGAAGAAAACCAUUUGGGCGUUGAUUACUCGUCUCUGUCUCUAAAAACCCUUCCAUUCGUUCCUGCAUACCUCAAGACGAAAGCGUUUGAAUCAGUGUUGCUACAUGAACACGUUCCAUCGGAAGGAAGUAUUCCACUUGCCGAACACCAGUUUAGGGCAAAUAUGUCACAACUGAAGUCAUUCUCGUGGCUCUUGGUCCCCACGUUUUUCCAGGGACCACCUCUGUUUUUCUUCAAGAAAAAUGACUUGGUCCCCGUGUACUUCAACUUCGCAACGUUUGGAGUCCUGGGUGCGAAAGAGAUUGUCCGAUAUAUGAGACCAAUCCAGUCCUGGGAUACCAUCACUAAGGCGAGGGUUGGGCAUGCUGUCCUGUGUUUCAGGAAGAUUCGUAGAACUCUAGGUCUGGAUGAAGCGGAGGAGUCCUUUGCGUGGGACGACGUUGCUAUGGAUUGGUCGCUGGGGUCGCGCUCGGCGUAUGAUACAAUGGAGAUAUCGCUUCGACGCGAAGGCAGUAAAGCAUUCAAUCUAAACUGGGCCAUGGCACAGUACAUAUUCUUCAUUCGAUCGUGUAUGUUGGCGUGCGCAAGCUCGGUGCAUGCUUCCGAAAGACCACUGGUUCAGAGGGAGAUCUGUCUUCUCCCAGUGCUAGCCAAUGAGAACUUUUAUACCUACUUCAACUGCUCUGAAAGCCACAAGCUGAAGAUGGAUCCCUGUGUGUCUACAAUAUUUAAGAAGGUCUAAAAUAACUUACACUUGCUGAUUUAAUCUGACAACUUGCAGAACAGCAAGAAAGCAUCUGACAGCUGUUGCACUCCUAAUAUUACCUGCAAUAAACACUGAACUAUCUACUCUUGUA